GUCCGCAGCGUCCUCUGGGAUUCCCUCUAUCCGUCCCUUCCCCCCUAGCCGCCUGGUGCGCAUUGGGUUAACAACCAACAAAUAAAGAAGAAAACGAAACGAGUUCUGCUGGUCGGAACGCUUUAUUGACGGAUAUGAGAUGCUCGGUUUUUCGGUCCUCCUUCCCCUCCUUCCCUCUCCUCCUCCCCCUCCCUCUCCUUCUCUCCCUCUCCCUCUUCCUCGUACUCUCACACUCCCCCACCCCCACCUCCGCACUCCGCAUAACAGUCCUCGGCGACCCCCUGCAAAUCAAAGUCAACGAGCCCACCCUCGUACGAUGGCAGCACGAGCCCUCCGACCCACCCGGCUUCGACUUUCGGUUCGUGAUUGACGAGCGGGAUGUUGGACUCGCUAGAGCGAAUAUCGUCGUGGAUCGGCCGAUGGAUGAUGAGGGGUUUGUGGAUGUUAGGUUUCCUAGGCCUGGAAUCUACGAAAUCAAAGCUGUCGCAGGUCCUGGCCCCCGAUUCCGCGUUAUAGGUACCAGCAACGAAGUCGUCGUCUCUCGCGCAGCAGCUACGACGACCACCUCGACCACUUCGAGCAGUACUUCAAGCUCGACAACCUCCACUUCUUCAUCCCCAACGACUUCCACAACCACCGAGGAACCCCUAACAGACCCCGCCCGCGCAGGCCUAAUCGCAGGGCUCAUCCUCGGCUCCCUCAUCCUCAUCUGCCUCCUCGUCCUCUUAACCAUCUUCGUCCUCCGACACCGCCGCAUCGCCAAUGAGAAGAGUGCGCGGCUGUCGUUUUACCCCGAGCAGAUGGUCCAGGCGGCGCCCUCGAGGGGUGGUAAUGGAGGCGAUGGUAGUAGCGCAGGUGGUGGUGGUAAUACGCUUGAAGGAGGUGGCGGUGGUGGGGGUAUCGGCGGUUUGGCUAGACGCACGAUGAGCGAACGGAGGAGCAAGUUCCUCUCCCGCCUCACUAUGAUGACGCGCUCCCUCUCGUUCUCCAGCUCCAGCGCUGGUGCGGGAGAUCUCGAACAAGGCAUCAUCACCAACGGAGGCGCGAAUGGUAGAGCAGGACUGAGAAACUCGUCGAUUGCGAAUAUCAUCACGCCCUUCCCGCCUCCCUCUGAGCUUCCCCCGCCUCCUACACCCUCGACGCGUACAUCGGAUGGCACUGUACAACACCCUCCCGGUAUGGUGCAAGUCCCUGGCGCACCGGUCUCAGCCUUGACACCGGUAAUACCAGCCUCAGCUAAACCAACCGUCGUCUCCUUCGCAGCAACAAUCGCCAGCCCGCGCGGAGUGGUGUUCACCAACCCGUUCGAGACGCCAGCUGAGCGUGAAGCUCGUGAGCUCUCUAGGAGGGCUACCGGGGUCGGGGUGGGGGUGGUGAGGCCUCUUCCUACGCCCCCUGUCGUUCCCACUGGGCCUGUUCCUAGUAGUAGUAUCAUUACUCCCCCGGUGUCCGCAGGUGCGCUGAGACCGUUACCCCAAGUCCCCCAACCUCCCUCGCCUGCUCCUCCGCUUACAGUACGCGAUUCGGUUCACCGACCGCCCUCGACGCCUCAGCCGCGAAAGCCGCUUCCGCUUCCUGUUUUACCGCCGAUUACCGCUACACCACCUCUUUCGAUGGUGCAGUUGCAGUUGGAGGGGAGUCGGCAUCGUGCGUUGCCUAGUGUCCCAGCGAGCGGUAGUAACAUGGACGGCCACCACCUUAACACGUCUCUGGUAACGAAGACCGACAGCCAACGACCGUCAUCGAGUCGCACUGACCUCCCAUCGAAUCCGAGAGACCGCCAACGACUCCCAUCAAAUCCGAGAGACCGCCAACGACUCCCAUCAAAUCCGAGAGACCGCCAACGACUCCUCGAAGACCGGCUCCACGCCGUCCAGGAACGGAUCGAAGAGGAGGAGUUUAGAGCGCGGGUGAGGCUGAGCGAGGAGAUGUCGUUGAGGAGUUUGGGGGUGCAUGUUCCUGAGGGUGUUCCCGCUUCCGGGGGCAUUUCAGUGGGCAAGAAGAGCAAGAGUAACGGUAACGGUAACGGCGUACGCAAGGAAGAGGGUCGUAAGGGCAGUUCGGACUCAUCAGGGAGGCUGGGUGAUGUCGAUGAAGAUGGAGGAAGAGGAGGAGGUGUGUGGACGCCCCUGAUGGAAACACUUAAGGAAGAAAGGGAGUGGUUGGAGAGUGCGUUGGAGAGUGAGUGGGCGAGGGGGAGGAGUGAUGAGGUGCCGUGUGGGUAUAGUCGGUAUAUGGUGGCUUAA